UUACCGCCUUCAAGCCAAAACAUAAAAGAGGAGGAAGCGAAAUUUAGUUUUUUGCAAUCUUAAUCAAGCUUACCUUUGGCGAAAGACUUUUGAGUCGACAUGUUGACCCUGAAAGCAGUUGUGGCACAGAGUGGGAUUAAAAUGCGGACAGAAAACGCUGGUUUUCUCCACACAAGAAGGACGUUUGCCAGGACUAUUUAAUCCGUACACGUCUUCCGGGGUGGGCGUGUCAGGAGGAGGUGGGCGUGUCUGGUAAGCCACUAGCCAAUAGCGUGAGAGGAGGUGGGCUCUUUCGAGUCUUGUGGUUGCUAUGGAUACGCAAUGACUCGCCUGAGACAUGACUCGACAGCUCGACUUGAAAAAGUAUUUAAAAAGUGUUAAUUGAAUAAUUUUCUUUUUCACUAAUAUCUUGAAAAAUGGACGACGUUGGCAGUUUAGAAAUCAGAUGGAUUCAGGGCUUUACAAACAAGAAUGUUACGUUUGUGGAUACUAAAACAGUGUGUUACACGUGCGGAGCUCAUGUGUGUUUCUUGAACCUGGAGACUGGAAAGCAGAGUGUGUUUCAGAGUCCUGGUGGAGCCUGCGUUGGUGCACUGACGGCUGACGGUAGGACUGGGAUCUUUGCUUUCUCUGAGCAAAAACUAUCUCCAUCUAUAUUUUUGUAUGGGUUCCCAGAGCUUCAGCUGAAGAGUGAAUUAAUAGGAGGCACCCAGCUGGACUACACAUCUCUGGCAUUAAGUGAUGGUGGUCCUUAUUUGGCCUCGUGCUCCUCUCUUCCUGACUACACCAUAACAGUGUGGAACUGGGAAAAUGCUGUACCAGUUUGUACACAACCACAAGCUGGAGAGGAUGUCAUUUCUUUGGUGUUUAACCCUUUUAACUGGCUCCAGCUUUGUGCAUUGGGCACUACAUCCUUCACUGUCUGGCAAAUUGAGAAUAUUGCCAAUGUUGAUGUCCUGAAACCAAGAGUAGUUGAGCUUCCUGCAACUAAUGGUUCUGUUGUUGAGGGACGUCCAACCAGUUCUCAUGAUGUUAGAGACCAACUGCAAUACUUGGUACCAGGGAUGCCUCUAUCAAGGACGACGACCAGAGCCACGGUGACUCCCUCUGCUAUCUGCUGGACAACCACAUCUGAACUCUAUGUGGGCUGUGUGGAGGGGUUUCUGCUACUUGUUGAUACAGAGAGCCUUUCCGUUUCAGUCCUUUUCACCCCCACAACUGCUGAUGCCAUCCCUGAACUCAGAAAUUGCAGCAUUGAAGGUUUAACCCUUCAUGAAAGUGGUCUCAUGGUUUUAGGAAAGGAGAAUAUGGUGCACUGUCUGCAGAUUAGAGGGACUCAGCUCAAUGUCACACAAACGUGGCAAUUAGAAAGACCUGCUAAUACCGUGAUGCUCUCCCCUGACAAUGAAACAUUACUUCUGUCUUCCAAUGAAGGGAGAAUGUAUAUGCUGAACCCAACUCAGUCUGACAAGAUCGUAAAGGUUCUGGAUAUUUUCAGUGGCAACUUUGUGACAGCUGCCUUGUCGCACACUGACAGCAAUAUUUGUGUGUCACUGAGAGACUCUGGAGAACUGCAGCUGUGGUCUUCAGAUGGCACCUGCCUCGGGUCCCUGUCCGUUCAAGCUCAGGUGACAAGUCUGGCCUGCUGUCCUAUCGCGCAUUAUGCAGCUGUGGGAACAACGUCAGGUGACGUCAUCUUCAUUGACCUGAACAUGGCUGAGCAGCCUCGUCUGGUGCACCAGGUUCAUCUGUACCACGCUGCUGUGGAUCACUUAGUGUUUGAUCCAGAAGGGCACUACCUUUUCACCAGUGGUUCUGAUUCAUUUGUCUAUAUACUAGAUGCUAAGCCCUCAAGGAUGUUUUCAGUCAUGGGAUAUGCAGUUAUUCCUGGAAAGGUUUUGUCACUUUCCACUCAGUGCUUCAGGGACCUUGAUGAGGUGAAAGUACUUGCUCUGUGCACUGGACAGGAGGAUAAAAAUGAGGACGGUAGCCUGUUCAAAGUGCUCUCCCUUCCGACCAGGAACCUUGCAGGUUCAGAUUGCAUAGAGCGCCAUGGUUGUCUUUCCGCUCAUUUCCUCAAAGUAUUCACAUAUAAAGUGCCUCAUCCACUCGAGUCCUGUGCUCUUGGAAUCAGUGAAGUCUUUGCUUACUGCCACAAGAAAAAAAACCUUCAGCGAUUUCAGCUUCCUGAGACAAGUAUCUCCAACCAAGAGGUGGUUGAUCUGCAACCAGAGCAGGAAGUGAAAGGUCACCCGCUGGGCCCUGCCUCUCUUCUUCUGUCUCCUAAUUGUUUACAGUUGGCUUCUGUUGGCCGCGAUGGCUUACUACGCAUCAGACAAACUGCCUCCAUGGAGCAGUACAUUGAAAUGCAGUGUCACUCAUGUCAUCUUGGAGGCGUACGGAGUGUGUCCUUCUCCACAGAUGGCCACACACUCGUCACCACGGGCGUCGGAGAUGGCUCUCUUGUGUGUACUACUCUCAGGAUUAAAGCUGUGGAUGCAGUUUCCCCGAGCAAACAGUGCAUAACUCAGUCCUUGAAGAGCUUAUUCAGUACUGAAAACCCCAUCCUUAUCAACUUUCCUGCGUGGAGUGAAGCAUCCCCUGGUGUCAGUAAAAACACAGAAGAAAGUCAGGUCAGAGGUGGGGCUUCUGUGGAUGUAACGGAGCAGGAUGAGAUGUACAAGAGCCAACUGCAGUCUCCAUCUCUUCACCCCACCUGGCUGGAAAGCAAACAACAAGCAGUUAUAAAAGAAGACAAUGAGCAUUAUUCUGAUACAAAGAAAAAACUGAGGAAAGCCAUCAAAGACUUGCGUGACACUAUCCAGAAGAUGCUUCGUGAAAAUGAAAACCUCCCGGAGGAACAGUUCAACUUGGAUGUGGUGGAGCAGAAAAUACUCAAAACCAUGGUGGAGGAGGAAGUUGCAAGGACAAAAUCUGAAAUUGCACAAGACAUUGAGGAGAAAUGUCACCGCCGUGAUGUCCUGAAGAGAGAAUGCUGGGAUUCUGUGACAGUCAAAGGCAGGGCCAUUAAGGCCUUUCACUCUGGACUGUAUGUGCAGAACUAUCCUCUGAAAGAGCGAACAGAGGAAGAAUUGGAGGACCUCCGCAGGGUUCACAAUAUAAGGAAGCUUGAAAAACCUGCCCUGAGCAGCCUUGAGAACACACAAGAGGAAAACCAGCUGGAGGAAGACCACGAGGCAACAAGUUUUGCUCUGACAGGGAGUUUUUCAGCUCAGUUAGGAUAUUCAGAUCCUUACAUCUAUGACCAGUUCAUCUUGCAAACCACAGAGCAGAGGAACAACCAGAUAAUUAUGUUACAGGGCGUGAUUUACCGCAUCAAGACAGCUUUCAAUGCUGACUUUGAAGCAUUGCAUAGACAGAAAGUCCAAGAACUGAAGUAUAUUGGGGACAGGAACAGACGCAUCAGAGACAUCAUGCUGGAGCUGGACAUAAACCAGGAGCUGUGGGAGCCCAGCCUGAUCGACAGCGAGUGGCCAGAAAGAGUGCUCACUGUGGACAACUCUGAGAUCAAGGCAGAGAAGUACCUCACACUAGAGCAGGAGGAGGAGGAGGAAAGGAGGAAGUUGGAGGAGGAACGCCAACUGACUGCGCAAGGCGAUGGUAGCAGAGAGAAAGCUCUCGAUGACAUGAUGAAGGGAGAGCUUGAAGUGAAAAAAGUGGAGAUCUUGAAGAUGGAAAUACCUCUGCCUGAGUUUGCUUUGACCAAACCUAAUAAUCACUGGAGCGAGGAGGAGAAAAAAGUCUACAAAGAGUAUGAAGAGAAAGCCAAAGCCCUCAGCGAGGAGAAGGAGAAGUACAAAAGGUCAUUGGAACUUGAAAUAAAAAGACUGCAGGAGUCCACCAAAGACACAACAGAGAAUUUCGAUGAAACGCUCUCAAAGCUGAAGGGGAAGAAAGGGAAAUGUACAUUCGCUAUAAAACAGGAAGAACUCAAAAUUGCCCAUCUUGUUGAUUCAGUGCUCAAAGAAGAAGAGCUGAAAAAUCAAGAGCCGGAGCUCAAGCACCAACUUGACAAGACGUUGGCACACAAGGGUGAAACUGAUGAGGAGGUGAAGAGAUGUCAGGACGAGUUAGACAAGUUUCAUGAGGAGUAUGACAGCCUGGUAGCUCAGGACAAAGUUCUUGACAAAGAUUUCAGGAAGAAUUGUUUUGAUAUACAAAAUCAUCCGAGCGAUCAACUCUACAAGCUGUUCAAACGUAGACCCAGAACACCUCUGUGUGGUUCUCUGGGGCCCAAUGCACUCAACCAAAUGCUUAAUGCCAUGGAGGAGCUUGAUGCUCCUGAAAACAUGCCAGAAGGGAUGUGUCCAGCCGUGUGGAUGAAACUUUGUGUUGCACGCAGGGAAAAAGUAGAGAGUGAGCAAAAGGUAAAAACGAAAGCUUUGACUCUUGCUCAGAUGCAGGCAUGUCUUCAGAGGAGAAGACAAGAACUUAAUUCUGCCCAACAGCACAUUGAAAACCUUUCAAAAGCACUGGAGAGUUUGCAAAAAGAGAGAAACCCUCAGCGAAAAAACACCAUGGUCCAGGUCAUACUCAAACAGGGACAAGUGGAGGCAUCUACCAAAGACCUGACACCCGGGUCCACAGACGCCGACUUAAUUCUUUACCACAAGAGCGUGGUGGACAAGCUCAGGGGGAGCAUCAGAAUGCUUGCAGAGCAGAAAAUUACCUCCAUGGAGGAGCGUAAAGAGGUCCAUAAGUGCAUAAUCCAGUUGGAGUGGGAACACAGGGUGGAGAGGAACAAGAUAGAGGACAUCCUUGACAAGGAAAAAAGCAUCAAGAUGUUACGGCUCUCAGAGGAACAACAGGACAUGACUCAUUACAACAAGGCCCAACAUGCCAGUCGCAUGUCCGACAAAGUUUCAAAUUUGGAGGAAAGUAUUGCUUUAAUGGAGAAGGCCAAUCAACGAUGUGUGGAGCAACGCAUGGAAAAGAUCGAAUGGAUUAACAAAAAGGCGGACUCAAAAGAAAGGAAGAAUGCCACUUUAGAGCAGCAGCAUCCUGAAAUGCAGGUGACUGUAGCGGAGCUGAGACACAUCUGUGAAGCAGCAGCUCCUGAAGACAGUGAAGCAGCUGAAACAGAAGAGCGUUACCAGGAGAUUGUUCAGAUGAGCAACUUGAAGGACCUUGCCGGGGCACAGGAGGAGGACCUGGCUGCCCUCUGGGCGGAACUUGAGCGUCUGAGGAUGAAGAACUUCCCUUCACUCCCUGAGAUGAACGACAACUAAGCAAAGCCUUUUCUUCAACAGAAAACACCAAAAUCGUUUUAUUAAUACUUCUCUUAAGAAAUGAACAGACUGUGAACCAUAUCUGCUGUGAAUAACAACUUUGGUAACAACAAAUAAAACAAUGAG